AUGGCUCAAUAUAAUAACACCGUCUUGUCGCUGACUACCGUCACUACACCCGACCCUUAUGUCACCUACUCGGCAGCAACGCGCCAAUUCUAUCUCACAUUCACCGCAGGUGACCGGGUAGAGAUCUGGAGAGCGAAUAGCUUGCCUGGCUUUCGUGAUCACCCGGACAAGCACACCAUUUGGAGACCACCACCGGACACAGAACACUCGAACGACCUCUGGGCACCUGAGAUCCAUUGUCUGAGAGGCAGGUGGUAUGUAUACUACGCUGCUUGUCACCCCAAACAUGGAAACAAGUCGCAUAGAAUGUUCGUCCUCGCCGGACCGCCAGCAGAUCAGGACCCCGCUACUGGGUCGUGGGAGUUCGUGGGUCCGAUCAGAGGCAUGAAACAGGAUCAAUGGGCUAUCGACGGUACUGUGAUCGAACUACAUGGGCAGUUGUACUUUGUCUAUUCUGGAUGGCCUUUCGACAACCCCAACGAAUCAGAUCUUCAGCAGCAUCUCUUCAUCAUCGGCCUGUCUGAUCCAGUAACCGCAUCCUCGGACCCUGUGGAGAUCUGUAGACCAGAUGAAGCUUUUGAACGUACAGGAGACCACGGCAUUAACGAGGGACCACAAUACCUUGCCUCUCCGGAUAACUCGUGGAUCGGGCUGGUCUACAGCUGUUCAGGUAGUUGGACCAACGAGUACAAGAUGAACUGCCUCCGUUGGACUGGGGGCGAUCCUCUGAGACCAGACUCCUGGCAGAAGAGUAUGAAGCCCUUGAUCCAGAACGGCCCUCAUGGCAAUGGACCUUGGGGUCCUGGCCAUGGCUCCUUCAUGCAUAUCGACCAUGACGUCGUCGCAAUCUACCACGCCACUGAUCGUCCUGAUGAUGGUUGGAACAAUAGAAAGGCUAGAAUGCAACGAGUCGUCUUCACCCCCGAAGGUCCUUGGAUGGGUGACGGUGUGGGUCCUCUGACCACUUCUAUGGCUGCUUUUGUGGGCAACGAGCAUCACCAAGCUGAUGGAAGUCAAAAGAAACAAGGUCACGGUAUCAAGGGCUUCCUGCGCAAGAUCAAGGACGAGCUGUAG